UCGAUGGUCGCGUUUUAUGUAAACACGAUCGACUUACCUACUAAAUAAACACACGUUAAAGCAUUAUCGGAGGAAAUAUCGUGGCCUGUUAAUUUUCUUAUUAGGUUAAGCCGUAUUAUUACGUGACGUAUACCUGUUACGUCGUGCAUGACAUAACGUCGGUUUGUGACACACGGUGAAUGUUUCAAAAUCAAUUUAAAAUGUUCUCAUUUUUACAUCCACGUGUGGUCACAAUUAAAAAGUCAGUUUACUCUAAGAUAUUUAAAAGACAAUGUGGACAAUAUGUGCAAGGACAAUCACCGGAACCUAGAGUUCGAGAAUACUUUUAUUACAUUGAUCACCAAGGCAUGUUGUUUCUGGAUGAUGCUCGCAUGAAAAAUUUCACUUCGUGUUUCAAAGACAAAAAAUUUCUGGCAUUCUUUUUCAAGCGCUUGAAAAAAAAUGACACCGGACGAUACACCAAAAAUUUUCCAUAUGUUUCUCUUUGCGGUCCAGAGAGGAACUUUGUGAGAUGCGAUGAUUUGCCAAUAGUAUUCACAAAAAUUGUUGGAAAACAAAAUAGUGAAACUGGCAAAGAGGAGGAUUGGUUUGGUUAUGCUCAUGCAGAAGAAUUGCUAAUGGUACCAUUUCAUCCAGACAAAUUAUAUAUGAAUAUUCAGUCUGGAAGAGUAUACCAUCCUGCCCCAGAGAAAGUGGGAGGAAUCGGUCUAGUGAGAUCGAAAAUUGCGAUUGAGAUUAGUACAUUAUUCAAUUUUGAAAAAGGUGAAGAACAUAGUCCAACACAUUUUCUGUGGAAAAAUAAAAGUUACUUUCUUGAUACCGAAUGGUGUAAGGAUAAAAUAAUGCAGACUACCAGCUAAAAAUAAUUAAACUUUGCCUUUAAUUAAAAAAGAAAACAAAGUACAACAUAUAUGAAGAACUUUCAUAAAAUGUACAUAUAUUUUAUAUAAUAAUAAAGAUUUUAUAUUUUUCUCUAUGUAAUAAAUUACGUUAAGAUAU